AUGAGUUCUUAUAGGGGCGGCAGUAGAGGUGGCGGGAGCAACUAUAUGAGCAAUCUACCCUUCGGAUUAGGUUAUGGAGAUGUAGGCAAAAAUCAUAUUACGGAAUUUCCAUCCAUCCCAUUGCCCAUCAAUGGUCCUAUAACAAAUAAGGAAAGAUCUUUAGCAGUAAAGUACAUCAAUUUUGGAAAGACUGUUAAAGAUGGCCCAUUUUAUACCGGAUCAAUGAGCUUGAUAAUAGAUCAACAGGAAAACAGCAAGAGCGGUAAACGCAAACCCAACAUAAUCCUAGACGAAGACGAUACUAAUGAUGGCAUUGAAAGAUAUUCCGAUAAAUAUUUGAAAAAAAGGAAAAUAGGUAUUUCUAUUGAUGAUCAUCCGUAUAAUUUGAACCUCUUUCCCAAUGAAUUGUACAAUGUAAUGGGGAUCAACAAGAAAAAAUUAUUGGCAAUCUCCAAGUUUAAUAAUGCCGAUGAUGUUUUUACUGGUACAGGUUUACAAGAUGAAAACAUCGGACUAUCCAUGCUGGCAAAGUUAAAGGAGUUGGCAGAAGAUGUGGAUGAUGCGUCGACGGGUGAUGGGGCAGCAAAAGGAAGUAAAACAGGCGAAGGAGAAGAUGAUGAUUUGGCGGAUGAUGAUUUCGAAGAAGAUGAAGACGAAGAAGAUGAUGAUGAUUAUAAUGCUGAAAAGUAUUUCAACAAUGGUGACGAUGAUGAUUACGGUGAUGAAGAGGAUCCAAAUGAAGAGGCCGCCUUUUAG